UCCAAUCGCGAACAACCAUGUCCGAGCUAAGUAAGUGCUUCUACCGGGCGACCGCCGGCAAAACGUGUCGUGACCUUUGGCAUCCGGAGUACGCCAGUUGCUGGCGCUACACGUUCGACGUGUGGAAGAGCAUUGCGCCCGGCAGUUUUAAGCUGUUUUUCCCGCUGCUGGUGCUUCCGCCACUUAUCAAGGACGGGGUUACCAGAUCCUACCUGGUGAAGCAACUAGUCGAGUAUAUUCAAAUUUCGUUCGGCACCUUCGUUCAAACGGCGCUUGCACUAAACAUCCAUUGCAUAUCAAGUAAUACAUUAGGCUACCUCAACUACUGGUGGCUUAUGUUUUGGCCGAUAUCGAUUGCGGUCGCCAUCGGUCCAGAGUUGCCUCCGAAGCUUCUUCGACUUCAGGCAAUCACCUUUUUCAACAUGAUGACCGAAACGAUGAUAAAGAAAAGUCACAUCCCGGUGGUACAGUUCUUGAGGACGUCCAAAGCCUUCGGAACUCUCCUUUUCAUGAUUUUUAGCUCGGCCAUCAUGUCCAGCCUCGGUACCGGUGUUGUGAAGCAAUUCUGGCUGAUUAAUCCACCACCGAAGGUGGAGGAACCUUCCCAGGAUUUAAAAAACUGUCAACACGAACGUACCUGUCAAAGUUACAUUCUGGAUGGAAUGAUGAAAUACGCCAGCGUUGGGCUGAUCCUGGAAUUUGCUCGUGCAGUUUUGAGCAAGUUUCCGUUGCUGAUGAAAAACCGUCCAGCAUUUUGGAAACAUUUCUUCAAGCUGAGCCGCACUCGGUUGGGAUUGUUCCUUUCAUUGCACGUGGGCCUCUAUCGAGGCGUGUGUUGCUUACUCAAACGACACAGUUCCAGUUUUGGUCAGGGAGCUUACCAAUCCCUGAUCGCUGGAUUUGUUUCCGGAAUAGCCUAUUGGGUACAUCCUACCUAUCAGCUGUUUACCCUGGCCUUCAGUAAAGCAAUAGAGAUGACCUGGGAGUACUGGAUGAAAACGGGCAACGUCCCUUCGUUUGUUCGGCAGUUGGACCGACUACCCUUCAUCAAGAUGGCACACGUGUUCUCCUUCGGCUAUCUGGGCCACAUGUAUGCCUUCCACCAUCAUCUGGUGCCGGGAUUUCACAUCAAGGCGGUGGAUUAUUGUUCCAAAAAUCUGACCGUUAACAUGCGCCGUCGAUUGAUUGGAUACAUUUUGGCCGUCGAGUGAAUACUUCAGUUAAUAUC